AUGGAAAGUAAGGAAAUGCGGAUAAUAUUCUUGUAUGAAUACAAACUUGGUCAUAGUGCGGCCGAGGCAACGCGAAACAUAAACACUGCUUUUGGGGAAGGUUCUCUAAGUGAUCGAACCAUUAGACGUUGGUUUGAAAAGUUUCGGUCUGGUGAUACAAAUCUCGACAAUUUGUCUCGCGGCCAUGCACCAUCAGUGAUUGAUGACAAUGUUUUUAAAGACAUGGUUGAAGCAGACUCGCGUUUAUCAGUUCGAGAUAUUGCACAUAGCAUCAACGUUCACUAUUCCACUGUUUCCCGACACCUAAAGGCUAUGGGGAAAGUGAAAAAGCUUGACAAAUGGGUACCACAUGAACUGACUGAGAGAGACAAGCUUCGCCGUAUGGAAAUCAGCUCAUCUUUGCUUUCUCGACACAAUAAUGAAGGAAUAUUGAAUCGAAUAGUAACGUGUGAUGAAAAGUGGGUUCUUUAUGACAAUCGUCGACGUUCUGCCCAGUGGUUAGAUGCUGAUCAAGCUCCGAAACACAUGCCGAAACCGAGCCUUCAUCCACGUAAACUUAUGGUAUUUGUAUGGUGGUCUGCCAAGGGUAUUGUGCAUUUCUCGUUUUUGAAAAAGGGUGAAACUAUAAAUGCUGACAAAUAUUGCCAAGAAAUUGACAUUGUGAUGGAAAAACUGCAUAUUGAACAGUCGGCGUUAUUAAAUAGACGCGGUAUGUUAUUGCUCCAUGAUAAUACUAGACCGCAUAUUGCAAAGAAAACUGUAAAAACAUUAACAGAAUACAAAUGCCAAGUUCUCCCUCACCCUCCUUAUUCUCCUGACCUUUCUCCAAUUGAUUACCAUUUGUUUAAGCAUCUGGAUAACUUUUUAAGUGAAAAGGUAUUCCAAACAGAAAGCGACGUGAAAAAUGCGUUCAACGAAUUUCUUGCAUCUCGCUCUUCUAAUUUCUACGUGAAAGGCAUUGAUGCGCUUGUAUCACGUUGGGGGAAGUGUAUUGAGGUGGAGGGAGACUAUUUCGAUUGA